AUGGCUGUUUCUUCUUGUUGCUUGAAAGCCUUUGAGUGGGAUGGCAACCCAACAGGUCACGUCACCAAACUUAACAGUAUAAAUGUGUAUGUUACGGGUAAUAACCCCAACGUGGCGAUCCUGUAUAUACAUGACCUCCUAGGCUGGACAUUUUCGAAUGCUCGCCUUCUCGCCGACCAUUACGCCCGCGAGGCAAACGCGACGGUGUACGUUCCUGACUUCUUCGGCGGCGAGACUCUGCCAUUUGAACCACUGCUCAAUGGCCGCUUCCAUGAAAUUGAUCUAGAAGGGUUCAUUGGCCGAAACUCACGCACCAUCCGGGAACCUGAAAUAUUCGAAUUUGCGCGUGCUCUCCGAACAAGACACGAAAAGGUUGGGGCCGUGGGGUUUUGCUACGGCGGCUGGGCCGUGUUUCGGCUCGGGGCAGAGGAGCACCAGCCUCCGCUGGUUGACUGCAUAACGGCUGCACACCCAAGCUUAUUGACCGAAAACGAUAUCGACAAAGUUGCCGUCCCUAUCCAAAUUUUGGCACCGGAAUUUGAUCCUGUUUUUACAACUGAACUCAAAUUGCACUGCUUUAGGGUAGCCACUAGUAAGACGGUUCCGUUUGAGUAUCAGCAUUUUCCAGGGGUUGAGCAUGCUUGCUUAGUCCGGGGUGACCCUGGAAAAAAAGGGGAGAGAGAGGCUAUGGCUCGUGGCAAGUCUUGUACAGUAAACUGGAUCAAUCAACUGCUUCAUUGA